GCCGUCUUCCUUCGUCCUCGUACUUUUUUUUACCUUCCUUCAUCGAACUUCAUUCAUUUGUAUUUGUUUCCCACGUGCUUUCAUCGGAAAUUUUAAUUUUAUAUUAAUUUGCUAAUGAACUGUUUAAAAUGCCUGUGAUGCAAAGAAUAAAGAAACCUACAACACGAAGAGGCAAAAAGGUUUUGCAAGCGAAGGAGCCGAAGCCUGUUGAAGGUCCAAAACAAUGUUUAUUUAUGCAGGGGCGAAAUCCCUCUGAGCGUACCAGGAGCUUGCUGAAAGACAUCUAUGAUUUUAAGAAGCCCGAUGCAGCCUAUCUUACUCGCAAGAAUGACUUCGUCCCCUUUGAAGAUGCUUCGCUUAUUGAAAAAUUAUGUGACAAAAAGGAAGCUGCAUUAUUUGGAGUUGGUUCACACAGCAAAAAGAGGCCUCACAAUAUAAUUUUAGGAAGGACAUUCAACUACCACAUCUUAGACAUGAUAGAACUUGGUGCCGAGAACUUCAAGCCUAUGUCAGAGUUCCACAACAUGAAGGUCUUGGCUGGCUUGAAGCCAUGCUUACUGUUCAAUGGUCCUGCCUGGGAUCUAAAUCAAGAUUUGAAAAGACUCAAAUCUGUGUUUACUGAUUUCUUUCACAGAGAAAAGGUGGAAACAAUAAGACUACAAGGUUUGGAGCAUGUUCUUAGUUUCACGGCUACAGAAGAUGGAAUGAUUUAUGUGCGAUCAUACAGGAUAUCUUUGAAGAAAAGUGGACAACGCACUCCUAGAGUGGAGCUUGAAGAGAUUGGCCCUUCAAUCGACUUCAAGCUAAGAAGAACAAAACUAGCAGCUGAUGAUCUUUACAAAGAAGCUUGUAGAAUACCAAAGGAAGCAAAGCCGGGUGUCAAGAAGAACAUUUCGCGAGAUGCUUUUGGUUCAAAAUUGGGUCGUAUUCACAUGGGCAAGCAAGACAUUCACAAAUUGCAAACCAGAAAGAUGAAGGGAUUGAAGAAAACUCCAGAGGAAAGAAAGCAGAUGCUACUGAAAAAGAAAAUAGCAAAGAGAGCGGCAAAGUCUCCACAAACUGCAAAAUAAUAUAUUUUCUUUCAUUGUUUA